GAUGGACCGCCGCUCAACUGCCGCGGUGGCUGGUCUCGCUGCGCUCGCCAUCCUGGCCGCCAGACUGGCAAGCCCAGUAGCUCCAUACCAGAUCCUGGCAUGGAAUGUCCUGAAGCUGGCGCCCCUGCCAGCAGCGCGACCUGGGGCGGCGUUCACGGCCGCCCGCCUGCGGCCCGACGGCAGCUGCGCCGUCGCACCCGACGGGCCGGUGCGCUUCCGAUUCGCGCCCGUGGACGUCGCGGCGACCGUGGGGACCAAGAUGUCGGGCUUCAGGCACUGGGUGAGGUCUGCGGACGGCGCCCUCGUCAGCGAGCGGGUCGUGAACGGCUCCGAGCCGCAGCUGGAGCUGCAGGGCCUGCCGCCCGGGCGGCACAGGUGGGGCGUGCAGUGGUGGCCCGCGGACCCCGCUGGCGCCGUAUCCGCCGAGGCCGAGUCCGAGGUCCUCGUGGCGCCCCGGGGCGACGCGUGGGACGGGGUCCCCUGGCUUGGGUCGCACGUCGCUAACGAGUUCCGCCUCGAGGCGCGCACGCCGGCCGCGAGCGACGCGGAGCUCCUCGUGGCCACCCUCGGCUUCGGCUACGCGAAGGUGAACGGCCGCGAGGUGUCCAAGGACGUGCUCAGCUACUCCGGCUGGACGGUCACCGAGAAGCGCGUGCUCUACCGCAGCUACAAUGUCACGGGCCUCCUGCGCAGCGACGGGCUGGCCGAGAUCUUCGUCGGGCUGGGCUGCGGGUACCGCUGCGACGCGAAGGACCAGUCGCGCUUCCCCGGCAAGACGCCGCCCCCGCACGACGCGGUCCCGAAGGUGUUCCGCCUGCAGCUGCGAGUUGGCGGGGAGCUCGUGGUGCACAGCGGCACCCCCGGGUGGCAGUCGCGAGCCGGCGGGGUGAGCAUCAAAGCUAAGUAUAUCGUGGCUUCUGACGAUUAUUACGCGCACUGGAUGCUGCGUGGCGGGUGGCCCGAAAAAGGAUCCUACCACGUGUGCCCCGACGACAGCGCGGAGUGCCGGAAGCACCAAGGCGCCCUGUGGGAAGAGCCCGGGGACAAGCGUCGCGGCGACGAGGACAGGCCUCGGGGUGCCAGCCGCGGGGGCGGCACGGGCCGGAAGUUGGUCGACCUCCGGAGCCGGCUGGAAGCUGGCGAGGGGCUCGCGGACCGGGAGACCGCGAGGGCCGGCCUAGGGACCGAGACCGGCCUCGGCACGACCGCGGCCGGUCUCAGGGCCGGAAGGCAAUGGCGAGGCGCCGCGAGACGUCUGCUUCGGACGAUGGCGAAGGCGGUGGCGCCUGGGGCCGAGGCGAACAGCGACGACGAAGACAACAAAGGACAACUCACCCCGGCGGCCAGCGCAUACUUUCUCCGAGUCCUGUCGACGAAGUACACUUUGUCGAAGAGGAACAAGUCCGAAAUGUCGCUGAUGUGCAAGAUGCUGGACUUGUUGGCGCUCGGGAAGGUCGACCGCGCCAUGGGCUUUGCCUGCCAGCACCUCAAGUCUUUGGAGCAAGUCGCCUUGGACGGGUAUUGGAACAACGCCCAGUUCCUGGAGCUCGUGGAGACGGACGGCGCUUCUCUCGUCAACACGACAGAGAAGUACAUGAUGCGCGACGAGGUCCAGCAGCAGCAGAAGCUCAGCUCCCGGUCGGGGGGCGCCCAGGCGAGCAGCUACAAGGGCGGCAAGCCGGAGCCGCAGCAGGCGCGGUGGACAGACGACGGGUCCGCGCAAAGGGGCCCCCACUCGGGCAAGGGCCACUACUUCUACGCGACGCCGAAGAGCAAGGGAAAAGGCAAGGACAAACCGGGGAAGUGGGCCCAGUGGCGGAUCUUCCGACCAGAGCUGAAGGAGCUAAAAGGCGCGCCGGAGCUUGCUGAGCCAUGGAAGGGCGGCGGGCCAAAGCCGACGAGCCCAGCGCUGACGGCGGCCCAGGAUGGCGUCGUGAACCAGGGGGGCGAGGUGCUGCUCCGGUUUAUUUCCAUCUUCGCGCCAAUCAACGCCUGCAUCCGGAAUCUGCGGGGCGACGACAACGCGCUGCCAUUUGCAUCUUUGUUGUCCACCGCUUUUCUUGAAGAUGGAGACGAGUUGUGGGCGGAUUCAGAAGACUUGAAAGGCUUGGCGGAGGUCGCGCAGCCCCCGUUGGCCGCGACUGCGGCGGCCAAGGGCCCUGCUGGCGCCAUGGUCCCCGCGAGCUUCCCCGGCGUCCAGGUCACGCAGGUCGACGCCCCAGCAGCCGUCACCGAGCCAGCUCCUGGCGUGUUCGUGGUCGAUUUUGGGUCCAACGUGGCUGGCGUCUGCCGCAUUUCCAUCCCCUCGGCGGCCACCGUCGUGCUUAGGCACGGCGAGGUGCUGGAACACGCGUUCAUGCCCGGCGUGCUGGAGCCCAGGCGGGGGCGCGUGUAUUUCGGCAACCUCCGCUCGGCGAAGCAGACCGACACCAUCGUUGCAGCGGGCCCUCUUACAGAUUGGUGGCCUCGGUUCACCUACCACGGCUUCUGGUACGUCGAAGUCACGGGCUUCCCGGGGAUGCUGACAGCCGCUGGCAUAUCUAGGCUGCGCCUCCACACUGCCCUGGAGCCGAAGGCGCAAGUCACCUUCGGUGAUGAAGUGCUGCAGGCCAUUCACGAGGGCUCGCGUGGCUCGCAACUGUCGAACCUGAUACAGCUGCCAACAGAUUGUCCGCAGCGCGAUGAGCGGGUCGGCUGGCUGGGGGACGCCAGCCUCUCCGCGGAGUCGAUGUUCCUCCACUUCGACUACGCAGGAAUGGCCGCGGCGUUCGCCGACUCAAUCGUAGACAGCAUGGGCGAAGACUUGGGAACCACUUCCACCAACAUCCACGUUGACGAACGAGGCCGAGAGUUGUUGAGGCCCCUGGCGGGCUAG